CUUUACUUACCUUACGCUCCCAUGAGGCAGAAUACUUACUGUUUGUUACCCACCGUCGAUUCUUCUGCACUUUGAUAUACCCCACGCUAGAGAGCCUUCCCAUUCAGCCUCUGAGCCUCAAACCUACGCAUCUCACGGCUUGCAGUCUUCUUCCACCUUUCUCGCUUGCUCUCGAUUACUCACCGCGACUGAUCCCCAACUCUCGUGCCCGGCGUCGGCCCCAUUGCACCCGCCGUAGAGCCCCUCCCAACCGCGUCUACACAAGAGAGAAAACAACCAUUUUGCAACCCAUGAAGCCGCUCGAUACACACCGUGGAAACGCGUCAAAAUCCUCUUAGCCAUGUAUCUUCCACGGUCUUUGAUAUCCAAGCUAUACACCCACCUCCAGAACACGCGACACCCGCUAUCCCCUCCCGUCCUCGUUCUCGUCGCCCUCGAACCCGAUGCCCUCUGCGCAUGUCGAAUCCUGACCCGCCUGUUGAAGCACGACUAUAUCCCCCACAAGAUCCAACCUGUCUCCGGAUAUGCCGACCUCGAACGCGCCGGCCGGGACUUGGUCCAGCCCAUGAUGGAAACGCAAGGAGGGAGCGGAGGCGUUGUUGUGUGCCUCGGCCUCGGCGGCAUGGUUGAUCUUGGAAGCCUGCUCGGACUGGAACCCGAGGGAGAGGAGGUGACCUUUGGCGGUGUUGAGGUCUGGGUCAUGGACUCGCACCGUCCGUGGAACUUGGGCAACGUAUUUGGUGGCUUCCCAUUGGAACCCGCCGUCGAAGAAGGUGCCUCGCUCCAGUCCAGGUGUCCGCCAGGCGUGGUGGCUGGUCGGAUUGAUCGCGCCUACAAACCUGGCAAGGGAGGUAUUGUCGUGUUUGACGACGGCGACAUUGAGGAUGACCUCGCCGCGGAAAAGGAAGCUUACCUUGCCUUGCUUGAUAUGCCCGAAAUCGAUGAAGACGGCGAGGACUUGGACUUGGACGACGACGAAGACGAUGCCGAGGACGAGGAUCUUUUCGAAGAAGCAGCACAUGCUGGCCAGAAGCGGAAAAGCUGGUCGGACCGCGACGAGGAGGACGAGUCCAGCGAUACAGACGACAGGCCACAUCAGCGGAGAAGAAGCAAUUCUUCUUCCUCGAUUCCCUCAUCGCCAAGACGGCCAGCUCACAGAGGGCUCGUAUCACUCCGAGACGCCGGCGUGGUUCUCUCUAGCGAUCCCCUGGAACCUCCAUCGGCUGCUCAACCGCCGCCCGCGCCGUCUGCCAGGGUCCUGCGACGCCGCUUGUUGCGUCUGCGGAGAGAAAAAGAGACCAUCCUCCGCAAAUACUACAAGAUUGGUGCUUCCUUUUCCGAGCCGAUAUCCUCCAUGAUGUACUCCCUCGCGUCGGAGCUCGGCCGGGACGACAACGACCUCUUGUGGCUCGCAAUUGUUGGUGUCACUUCCAUGGAGUUGUACGGAAGGUCAUCUGCAGGUAUCGCGGUGCCUGUUCGCAACUCGGACCGGGGACAAGGGAACGGCUGGAUGGGUGUCCGCGGCGCACGUAUCCGCCAGCUGCUGAGAGACGAAGUCCGACGUCUGAAUCCGCCCGAAGUCAUCCGCGGCCGCCCUGCUGCUGCUGAAAACUCUGGCAUCAUUCCCACCACGGCUCGCAGCCCCGAAGACACAAGCAUCAGGCUGUCGCCAGAGCCCAAGUUCCUCCUCAUCAGGCACUGGAGUCUGUACGACAGCAUGCUGCACUCGCCGUACCUCUUUGCCCGGCUCAAGACGUGGAGCGACACUGGUCUGAAGAGGCUCCACAAGCUCUUGGCCAAGAUGGGCGUCAGUCUGGUUCAGUGCAAGCAGAGCUACACGCACAUGGACAUGAUGCUGAAGAGGGAGCUCCGCACAAAGCUGCUCAAGUACGCGUCUCUGUACAACUUGGACGACAUGGUUCCUUCGGUCGACACGGACGGAAGAGAUCGCGCCGGUGCAAAGGACGGCUGGGGCUUUGUACGCAGCUGGGGCUGGCGUGCGACUCUGAGCGCGCAAGAUGUGGGCGUCGUCAUUGGUGCUCUUCUGGAGGUGGGCAAGCACAACGACGUCGCCGAGCUCGCCCAAGCACCAAAAGACCAGUUUGAGGAUGUGGACGACGAGGAGGUCGUCGCUGCGCAGGGAGAGAAGUGGGUUGCGCGUUUCUGGGAAGCAUACGACGCUUUGGAAGACAUCGAUGCUCUCAAGGCAGGAUUGCCAACCGCCCAAUUCCUCCACCGCGCAAUCUACCGCACCGGCACGUCACUCAUCAACAAGAAACAGAUCAAGCACCUCAGGGCAUUCCGCAUGUGCGUGGUCAAGGAAGGCCCCGACGUGCCCGUCUUUGGCCACCCGGCCGCGCUGACCAAGCUCGCCCUCUGGGUCGGCGAGGCCCUCGUCGAGCAGGAAAAGGACACCACGGGCCGACUCUCCCACGGCGGACGCGGCACGCCCCUCGUUGUCGCCAGCCUCAACGACAAGCGCGGCGUGUACUUGGUCGUCGGCACCGGCGGCGGCGGCGGCGGAGGGCCGGAUACCACGUUCCUCGACCGCUUGGCCGCCAAGAAGCGGCAGGCGGCCAAGGAGGAGAAGGCGAAGCAGCGGGACGAGUCACGGCGCAAUAAGCAAAAGAUCCGCGAGGAGAAGCGUGCGGCGCGGAGGGCGGCGGGGGAUGACGACGGAGACUACGACGAGCUCGAUACCGAGUCGGAGGCGUCUGAUGCCUCGGACUCGGACGAGGAAGAAGAAGAGGAGGAGGAUGCCAAGGAGAAGGGCUACGGCCUCAACCGCUUCGGAUCGGCGUUCCAGGAGGUCGUGGCGGAGACGAAUGCCCGGGUGCGGAUAGACAGCUUUGAGCACUGCGUGGUGGAGGUCAAGAAGGAGGAUCUGGGAGGUUUCCUGGAGAGUCUGAGCAUGAAGGCUGUUGUCGGGUAAUUGAUUCGGUGGGGUGGGUUGAUACACACAAAAAGCAAAUCGAUGGGUUGGGUUUAAGGGGGGUUUGGGUGUCGUGCUUGGGGUGCUUUCAACGCAUGGCGGUGUCAAUUCUGUUUCUUGUCAUUUGGCGAUGAUGGAGGGGGGCACGGCAUCGAAGGGAACUCGGGCUCUGGGAGGAUAAACAAGCUUCAUGAGACAUGGGCAUUUGAAUCAUUGUGUGCUUUUUCUUUCUUUCGUCGCUAAUCACUUCCUUUCGCUUUGUUGCAUUUAGGGGGGUUUGGGCGGGAAGCAAGUCUACAUACUAUUAGGUUGUUUUUCGGCCACGGCGUUUUAUAUGGGCAGACCCUUUACGAAUCACCCCGUUUCGUCUUCUGCUCUUGUGAGCGUGACGCAUAUACACAUACAUACACACACUAUUGAAUGCCUUGUCCUUUUG